AUGUCCGCCUGUGACCCAUCGUGCAGUAGCGGAAGCUGUUGUGAAGCUGAUCAGAAUGAGAGAUGUAAAGAAAGCGAUGUGGACGGUGAGAUCAGAGAGGCUGAAAAGAUUCUGAAUGCAUUCCUGUGCUAUGGUCUGUAUGGUCGUGAGAUGGCGUGCAGAACAAUGAUGUCAUUCAAAAAGCUAUCCCCCACUCACAAGGAAAUAAUACUGAAGUCCCAUAAUGAACACAUGCGCAAUGUGCUCAAAUGCGUAGAUCAUAACCAAGAGAUUUUGAAGAAAAUCAUAAGCUAUGGUUUGAGUGUCUUUGGGGAAGAAUUUGCGACUAAGACCAGAAGGAUACGUCAAAAACGACGUCCGGAUCCUCAUUACAUGUCCAAAGUUCUGAGCGUGUUGCGUCAGAUAGUGCGAGAGUGGACCACUGAAGGAAAACCGGAACGUGAUGCUACAUAUAAACCACUUUUGGAUAUUGUUCGAGAACGUUAUUCAUCUACCAGUGAGCGCAGCUCGAUAAAAAUAAUGGUUCCUGGUUCUGGGCUUGGUCGUCUAGCGUUUGAACUUGCGAAAGAAGGUUUCACCGUCGAGGGGAAUGAGUUCAGCAUGGUUAUGUUGAUGACCUCCUCUUUCCUCCUGAAUGCUUGCUUCGAGCCAGAGGAGCAUGUAGUAUAUCCUUACGCGUUGGAUAAGAGCAAUUCUUGGUCUUACGAAGACCAGACGAGACCUGUAUACUUUCCUGAUCUUGGCAAGUCAAGAAACGAGGCCCCUCCAAAUUUCUCGAUGAUCGCCGGUGACUUUUUGGAGAUAACACAAUCGAGGUCAUCACAUUUCGAUUGUGUGACUACUGCAUGGUUCAUCGACACCGCCAAGAAUAUAAUCGAUUAUAUAGAGACUAUUUAUAAGAUUCUCAAGCCAGGAGGAAUUUGGCUGAACGUUGGACCACUCACUUACCAUUAUGAGGAUAUGAUUGAGGAGGUAAUCCGUCUGUCUCAGUUCCAGAUAUGA